AUGAGCGCCACCGCGCAACCCGCCAUUGCCGCUGCUGCGACAGCAGCAGCGCCAGCGAUUGACAAACGUGUCUACUACUUUACCGACAGACUUUCCGCUGAACUGCGCAUAUGCAUCUACGAGCAUGUUUUCGGCCCCGCAGCGCGCGCACAGCGUAUCUGGGUCAAAAAGCCCUCAAAGAGUCCAGACCAGCUUCGCGCGGAAGACGAGCGUGACAUUGUAACUCUCUCCGGAAGCAUCCCACCUGCAGAGCUCCAAAUGAUCGAUACAAACAUCUUCGCCGUGAAUCGACUGAUCCAUAACGAGUCCAUUGAGGCAUUCUACGACAACAAGAUCAUCUCGGCUAGCUUUGUGGAACUCGGCAGAUUGUUCAACCUUGGGUACCCUCCUCCGCUUUUCCGAGAUGUUGAGAUCAAGUCCUGCCAUCUCCCAUUCCCCAGCGGCAGCGUUCGUAGUCUCCUACAGAAGACUAGCGUACUGUCGCGCCUCCGAUCCCUCACCAUCCGAAGCGACUAUCUCGCGCGCACACGCCCUGAGUCCGAGCACACCACAGUGCGUCAAUUCGUCGAGAGCAAUGGACUCGGCAAUGUCAUCUGCACAGACAUCGGCAAAUUCACCCUCACCGGGAGGUUCAGCAACAGCAGCACAUUCGGCGACAUCACAUUCAUCAACAACAAAAUCCUGCAAAUGUGGCCGCGUGUCGCGCAGACCCCUGAUGAUUUCAAUGUGCACAAGGAAGUCUGGGAUCAGAUGAAAGAUUGCGAGGCCGUUACUUCAGCAUCAAACCUCCUGACCUGGGCGACGCACCGAUCCUUACGGUUGUGGAUUGGCAUGAUUCAGCGCUGCGCCCUAAUCGCCCCCGGUGGAUCAAUGGAAGACAUCCCAAUCGAUGAGGCAGUCGAGCUGGUACAAUUCUGCGAAUCUGUGGUUGGAACUAUGGUUAUUCCUAUAGGGAUUCCAAUACACAAGCUGGGCCCAACAGACCAUCCAGAGAUUCUGGAAGAAGUCACUGAGAUGGUGGCGGAGAAUAUCCAGACGUACAGGGUCGAUGGUCCAGAAGGAACGCGGUAUCGAGAGCCUCGGUGGGUGGAGCUUGGAUGUGAAUGUGAGUUGUCGCGACAGAGCAGGUAUCAGAUCCAGCGGAAAAAGUCAGACCAAGAGUAG